AGCCCAGGCCACGUUAUAUCGGGCCGAAGAUGGAGGUGUGAGGUGAAUGGUAUUGCUAUUUGCUAAUGCUAGGGCACAACGCAACAUCAACAUUACAUGCCUACACGGUGAUUCUGACUAACAGGGAAGGAUAAUUUGGUCUUUUGCGGCAACACACGACACAGAACACAACACAGGAGCCACUUCGCAUUCGCACCCCUCCUCCGUCCCAUUCCCAUUCCGUUACCUUCUUUUAUAAUACCCCACACACAAUUCCCCUCUCUUCCUUUCGUUUUAUUAAUUUCUCCUAAAUUCGACAUUUCAAUUUUCCUUCCUAGGGAUUUCGCAAUCCCUAUUCUCCAUGGACGUCGAGGACGACCAAGCUCCACCGCUUCACCAACACUCCGAUGCACAAUGUCUCGCCGACCUCCCCUACGCCGCCGCCGGAGACCCUCUACCCCUCGCCUCAGGGGACUUUAGCCCAGCCCCCGCGCUUGUCGCUGAAGUGGCUACCGCGACCACGCUUGAAACCGAUUCAAUGACGGAGACGGUGGCCGCCGUACCGGCUGACGACAUGAUUGAGGAGAAGGGGAAUGACGGAACCGAUGCGGAUGACGUGGCUUUGGAGGCGGGGAACGUGGAAGAGGAAGCGAAUUUCACAAUUCAUGCGGAAGAGGACGAAAUUGGGGAGGAAAAGGUGAAUGAAGAUGCUUUGAUGGAAGAGGAGGAGGGAGAAGAGGAAGAACACCAACAAGGAGAGGAGGAGGAAGAAGAAGAACACCGACAUGGGGAAGAGGAGGAAGAAGAAGAAGAACAGCAACAAGGAGAGGAAGAGGAGGAAGAAGAACAGCAACAAGGUGAAGAAGAAGAUGCUGAUGGUGAUGCUGGAAUGGCAAUUGGAGAAGACGCAGAGGAGAAGGAGGAGAAGAGUGCGAGUGGCGGGAAGAGGAAGCGUGGCGCUGGGAAGAAUGCUAAGGCUACAGGGAGAGUUGCAUCCAGGAAAAAGAUGGAAGAGGACGUUUGUUUCAUUUGCUUCGACGGGGGUGACCUUGUGCUCUGUGACCGCAGGGGAUGCCCCAAGGCUUACCAUCCUUCCUGCGUUAAUCGUGACGAGGCAUUCUUUCGGGCCAAGGGAAAGUGGAAUUGCGGUUGGCAUCUUUGCAGCAUCUGUGAGAAGAAUGCGCACUAUAUGUGUUAUACAUGUACGUUUUCUUUGUGCAAGGGUUGCAUCAAAGAUGCGGUUAUCUUAUGUGUCAGGGGAAACAAAGGCUUUUGCGAGACAUGCAUGAGAACUGUAAUGUUGAUUGAACAGAAUGAGCAGGGAAACAAUGUGGGACAAAUAGAUUUUGAUGACAAAAACAGCUGGGAGUAUCUCUUCAAGGACUACUACAUAGAUCUAAAAGAGAAACUAUCUCUAACAUUUGAUGAAAUCACUCAAGCUAAAAACCCUUGGAAGGGAUCUGAUAUGCUUCAUUCUAAAGAGGAAUCACCAGAUGAACUUUUUGAUGCCAGUAAUGAUAAGGAAUCAGAUUCAGAUAGCUCCUAUGAGAAUGUAGAUUUGAGCCGUUCUAAAAGAAGAAAGGGCAAGAAACGGGGAAAGUCCCGCUCCAAAGAAGGAAAUUCAAAUAGUGCAGUGACAAUGGUUGGUGCUGAUGGGCCAUCUGGAGAUGACAGCUUUGAGUGGGCUUCGAAAGAGCUUUUGGAGUUUGUUAUGCACAUGAGAAAUGGAGACAAAUCUGUUUUGUCACAGUUUGAUGUGCAGGCUCUUUUGUUAGAGUAUAUUAAAAGAAAUAAGCUUCGAGAUCCUCGCCGAAAAAGUCAAAUUAUUUGUGAUGCAAGACUUCAAAAUCUGUUUGGUAAACCAAGAGUGGGGCAUUUUGAAAUGUUAAAGCUUCUUGAAUCCCAUUUCUUUCUAAAAGAGGAUUCUCAGGCUGAAGAUCUGCAGGGAAGUGUUGUUGACACUGAAAUUAGUCAUUUGGAAGGUGAUGGCAAUCCCAAUUCAUAUAUGAAAGCUGGCAAAGAUAAGAGACGUAAAAAUCGUAAAAAGGGUGAUGAGAGAGGACUUCAAACUAAUGUUGAUGAUUAUGCAGCCAUUGAUAACCAUAAUAUUAAUUUAAUUUAUCUAAGACGCAAUUUGGUGGAAGAUCUACUUGAAGAUGUAGAGAAGUUUCAUGAUAAAGUUGUUGGUUCUUUUGUGAGAAUAAGAAUUUCUGGUAGUGGUCAGAAGCAAGAUUUGUAUAGGCUGGUUCAGGUUGUAGGUACAUGCAAAGCAGCAGAGCCGUAUAAAGUUGGUAAAAGGAUGACAGAUAUUUUGCUAGAAAUCUUAAAUUUAAACAAGACAGAGAUUGUAUCAAUUGAUAUUAUCUCAAAUCAGGAGUUCACCGAGGAUGAAUGCAAGCGUCUUCGCCAAAGCAUAAAGUGUGGCCUCAUAAAUCGGCUAACUGUGGGUGACAUUCAAGACAAAGCAUUGGUGCUUCAGGCAGUUAGAGUAAAAGAUUGGCUAGAAACAGAGAUAGUGCGGCUGAGUCACCUCCGUGAUAGAGCUAGUGAGAAAGGACGCAGAAAAGAGCUCAGAGAAUGUGUAGAGAAGUUGCAGCUUUUGAAAACCCCUGAAGAACGACAACGGAGGUUGGAGGAAAUUCCAGAAAUACAUGUGGAUCCAAACAUGGAUCCAAGUUACGAGUCUGAAGAAGACGAAGAUGAAAUGGAUGAUAAAAGACAAGAAAAUUACAUGAGACCUAGAGGGUCUACUGCCUUUGGAAGGAGGGGGAGAGAUAUUGUUUCUCCUAGAAGUGGUUCUAUUCCAAUUGAUUCUUGGGGUGGAACGAGGAAUUAUUCUAAUAUGAAUCCUGAACUCAGCAGAAAUUUAUCUAAUAAGGGAUUUCCAAUCAAAGGUGACAAUGCUUCUAAUGCUAAUGAGGUACUUCAUGAUGCUCAAUUGCUCCAGGGAAGAGAUAGGGAAUCCCAACUAUCUAAUAGCUGGGAGAGGCAAAAGCUUUCCUUGGAAAGUGGUGCUAAAAUUACCCAACCAUUGGUAACAUCCGAGCCUUUCUCUACUGGUGUAUUAGAAGCUUCUGCAGCACCAUCUUCUGCCGGAAUAACUCCUCCAGCUCUGAAAAUUAAUGAAACCGAAAAGAUGUGGCAUUACCAGGAUCCAUCCGGAAAAGUUCAGGGACCAUUUUCUAUGGUGCAGCUACGCAAAUGGAGUAACACAGGAUACUUCCCUGCUGAUUUGAGGAUUUGGAAAACCACUGAGAAGCAAGAUGAUUCUAUACUUCUAAAAGAUGCCUUAGCAGGGAAUUUUUCUAAGGAACCAUCGAUGGUGGAUAAGGCUCAAGCUGUUCAUGAUUUACAUUACCCAUCCUCGCACUCUAGGAAGUCUGUCCAACAAGGUAUAGAAGGUCAAGUUGGAGAAAGACAAACAUUUGAUCAAAAUAGUGGAUCUUGGAAUUCACAUAGUACUCUGGGUUCUCCGGGACAAACCACAGGAGUCAGUUGGAGAUCUAAAGAUAAUAUGAAUUCUUUAGCAAAUAGACCUUCUCCAUUGGCAGUUGAGGUCCCCAAGAACCCUGCAAAUGGCUGGGGUUCUGAUGCUGGUGUUAGAAAUGAAACAACAAAUCUUCCUUCACCUACUCCCCAGACUACUCCUGGUGGGAAUAAGGGACAGGCUUUUGAGAAUAAAUGGUCACCAACACCUGUCCAGUUGCCUGGGUCUCUCAUAGGAAAUCCAUUUCCAGGCAAUCAUGGAGGUUUGCAGGCCUCUGUGGUAGUGCACCCAGAGCAUGCCGUACAAAAUGCUGAAAAAGGCUCAAAUUCACAACCUAGUAUUAUUUCAGCUUCUACAGAUUCUAAUCAGUUACAUCCUCAAGCAACAGCAAUGGCACCUGUUCUAGCUUCAGUGGUUGACAUGAAAAUGGCAGGUGCAAAUAUGCAGAAUCAGGUUAUGAGUGGCCACAACUCUCAUGAAGCUCAAGGGCAAGGGUGGGGUUCCACAGCGGUUUCGAAGCCAGAAUCACAGGCCUGGGGAGGUACAUUAUCUCAAAGGAUAGAACCAAAUAAUCCUGCUACUAUGCCUGCCCAGCCAGCUUCCCAUGGCCCCUGGGGUGAUCCUUCGUCUGUCCAGAACACUGCAGCAUUUAGUACUGGAAAUCCAACUGGGAGUUUACCCACACCUGGAUUUAUGGGCAUGACUACACCUGAGCCUUGGAGACCACCAGCUUCAAGUAGUCAGUUAAACAUUACAGCUCCGUCUGCAGCUCCACCCAAUAUGCCUUGGGGCAUAGGCAUGCCAGGAAAUCAGAAUAUGAAUUGGAGUGGGGUUGUUCCUCCCAAUAUGAACGUAAACUGGAUACCUCCACAGGUGCCGCCACCUGGAAAUUCAAAUCCAGGAUGGGCUGCUCCUAGUCAGGGGCUACCUCCAGUGAAUGGAGUUGGCUGGGUUGGACCGGCUCAAGGACGUUCCCAUGUAAAUGCAAAUGCAGGUUGGGCCGGGCCUGGUCAGGGGUUAGCACCUGGUAGUGCCAAUCCUGGUUGGGCCGCACCGGCCGGGAAUCCAGGCAUGUGGGGAAAUGAGCAAGGUCAUAAUGGAGACAGGUUUCCCAACCAAGGCGAUCGUGGUAUGCAUGGUAGAGACAGGUUUCCCAACAGACAGUCAUCAUUUGGCGGUGGAGGCAGAGGAGGUUCUUCGAGGCCUCCUUUUGGGGGACAAAGAGGAGUCUGCAAGUAUCAUGAGAGUGGACAUUGCAGGAAGGGGUCUUCUUGUGAUUUUCUACAUACUUAGUUGUAGGGUUAAUUAGUGGCAGAGAAACAUCUCUUACUGUACAGUAUUUUCCAAUUUCAUGGCGAAACGUUGUAUAAGGGUCAUGUAUGUAGAACUUGUGCAUUGUAGUAUCUUGUUUAUCUAUCUUGCUUUAUUGUCUUUUUGGGGACUUGUAUGCCUGUGUUACAUGGAGUUGACUGAUGCAAGAGUUGAGUAGUUGCUCAAGCUGAUGUGGCUUUAGAUUAAUAAAAACGAAAGAAAGUUGAGGCUA